AUGGAAAGUCACCGAGAGCCUCAUUUGAUUGGCUACAAGAAGGUGGUGGACCCGUCCUCCCCCUCACACUUGCAAAACUCAAUUCUGAAAAGAGGCUGUGGUGUCAAUGACAGAGAUGGUCUCACUGACAUGACUUUGCUGCACUACUGCUGCAAGGCAGGAGCUCCAGGAAUAGGUGAGCAUAGUGCGGCCUGUUUCGCCCGUCAGCUGUUGUCGCUGGGAGCCGAGCCGUCCUUACUUAGCCGCUGGACCAACAUGAACGCUCUCCACUACGCUGCAUAUUUCGACGUCCCUCCUCUCAUCCGAGUGGUUCUGCAGGGGGCAAAACCUAGGAUAGUGGAUGCGACCUGCAGUGAUUUUGACUUCGGCACUGCGCUGCACAUCGCCGCCUCAAACCUGUGUACCUCUGUAGUGAAGUGUCUGCUGGAGCUGGGAGCCAACCCCGCUUUUAGGAAUGAUAAGGGCCAGUGUCCGGAUGAUGUUGUUCCAGAGCCUCUAGACAUGCAUCUUGAAAUAGCUGAUGCCGCGGUCCAGGCUAAAGAGUUGCGCUCAUUGCUGCAGGAGGUCCUCCCGAGGCUCGACUCUCCCCUCCCUCUCCUGCCUCCAGGUCUCCUCUCGGACAAAGCUCGUGCCCAGCUUUCAAGUAUGGGACUUCACAUUGGAGACAAAGUUAUCAUCGCUGGUCAGAAGGUCGGGACUCUGCGGUUCUGUGGCAGUACAGAGUUUGCUGGUGAGCUUUGGGCUGGAGUGGAGCUUCACCAACCAGUGGGCAAGAAUGAUGGAUCGGUAGCUGGCGUCCAGUACUUCAGCUGCCCAAAUAAACAUGGAAUCUUCGCCCCCCUUUCUAAAGUCAGCAAGCUCUCGGAACGCCGGAAAAACAGUCCCCGCCAGCCCACCGCUCCUGUCCCCCACCCUAGACGGAUUGAUUUGGCACGGGUCACAUCCAAGGUCAACACAGGUCUUCUUUCACGCAGUUGUUCCACCUCCUCUUCCUUUUUGGACUCCAGACAAAUCUACUCCUCCCCCUCCUGUUCCCUCACUGCCACCCCACACUCUGGAAUUGCUCGCAGCAGGACCCCUUCAGCCAGCAGCACAGCACAAGAGAGCUUAGAGGUGCAUUUGGGGGAGCGUGUACUGGUGGUGGGACAAAGGACAGGGGUAGUCCGAUAUUACGGCAAGACCAGUUUUGCUCCAGGAUUUUGGUUGGGGAUUGAGUUGGACAAGCCGAGCGGAAAGAAUGACGGAUCAGUUGGAGGAGUACAAUACUUCAGCUGUCCUCCUAAACACGGAGUCUUCGCCCCACUCUCACGAGUUCAGAGGAUUCAUGGCUCAGUGGACUGUCUGUCAGAGCUGUCCUCGUCUCGGAUGAACUAUUCCUUCACAGGAAUUCGACGCACUCUCAGCACUUCCUCAGCCAUCGCCACGCAGAGAGAACCAAGCCGCAAAAGUCAAGCAAGCAG